GCCUAUUAAUGGUGGCCCUUCUCCGCUUCUCUCUUACUCACAGCGAACGACGACGACUGUGGUGGUCGUGAGAUCGUAAAUCACGAAGUUCAACAGCAACAAGCAACGGCCCUUCCACCUGUGGCCUGUGAAAUGUAUAUCCCCCGCCUUUCUCUCUCUCCUGGCGACGCGCCUAAAAGAGAAGGGAGGGAGGAAGGCGCAAUGUGAUUUAGGCUAUUAAUUGAGGGAGAAGGAAGGGUGGGGAGGCUUUCUUGUGGGGGAGCGACGUUGGAACAUCUCGUCGGCCCGGCGGGAUAUUUCCUCGUCGAGCGGCGGGUUCCUCGGGAACCGUGCUGUCCGCAGCGGGAUACGUAUCUAUCUAACGCCUCCCCAGGCCUGGGGAGACCCGACUCCCUUCGUUCGCGCAUCUCCGCGAGUCGCGAAGUCUUCGGCGGGGUUUGCGGCGGGUUCGGUAGGAAAGAUCGGAGAGACCGCUGUUUUGGCGAUCUUGUAGCCGUCGGGAAUUCGCGUUCCCUCAAGAACCGCUCCCGCUCUCUCUCUCGCUCGCGUUCCCCUUUGUUCUUGGUUUGGGUUUCUUGGGAGGAGAAUUGGUCGGGCGGGUAGUUUCUGGGGGAGAAUCCGGCCGUUUGGGUGGCCGGAGUUGCGAGCGGAUGAGUUGAUCCGACGGUGAAUGAAUGCAUCCGUUUUGCUGCGUGACGUCCACUGUAAACAGCGAGCAGAAUCUGGUGGGCGAUCCCGUUGACAUGCCCGUGAGGUCGGAGGUCGGAGGGGAACGGGAGACGAUGAGCAGGGAGGCGUCUCUGCGGUCAUUCUCUAUCUCGUCGGCGCCGGCAGGAGAUACUGGCAACGGGUUCCGGACAUCGACGGCAAGCGAUCAAGGCAGGCUCCGACUGGCGGAUUUCUCAAUGAGGGGGUCGCUUCAUGAAAAUUACGAUCUCCGGGAGGUGAAGCUCAAUAACAUCGUUGGUAGUGGGAUCUCAGGGAUCCUCUACAAGUGGGUGAAUUACGGAAAGGGGUGGAGGCCACGGUGGUUCGUUCUCCAGGACGGGGUACUGUCUUACUACAAGAUCCAUGGACCCGACAAGAUCGAGGUGAACCAGGAAACGGAGAAGGGGGCCAAAGUCAUCGGAGAGGUGUCCUACCGUCGUAUGAGCAAACGCAGGAACGGAAGCAAUCAUCAACGCCACAAUCACCAUCAUCAACAGAAUAAUCAUUAUCAGAAUGGAGAUUGCUACUCGCGGGGAAAGCCUGUCGGAGAAGUUCAUCUCAAGGUCUCUUCCAUUAGAGAGAGCAAAUCGGAUGACAAGAGAUUCUCCAUUUUUACCGGAACGAAAAGGCUGCACUUGAGAGCAGAGACUCGGGAAGAUCGGGUUACCUGGGUGGAGGCCUUGCAGGCUGUGAAAGACUUGUUCCCCAGAAUGUCAAAUAGUGAACUUAUGGCGCCACUUAAUGGUAUUACUAUUUCCACGGAGAAGCUCAGGCAGCGAUUAUUAGAAGAAGGGCUUAAUGAAGCCUCAAUCCUGGACUGUGAACAGAUCAUGAGGACUGAGUUUUCAACGUUACAAAAUCAGCUGAUUCUUCUAAAACAGAAGCAGUCUCUGCUCCUGGAUUCGCUACGGCAGCUAGAGACAGAAAAAGUUGAUUUGGAAAAUACCCUUGUUGAUGAGAGUCAAAGACAGUUGGAGCACGGGACAUCUCUCAGAUCCAGAAAUGACAAAUUUAGUGAGGGUAGUGUAACUGAAUCAGACGAUGACAAUGAAAGACCAGAUGCAGCAGAGGAGGAAACAGAUGAUGAGGAUAACACAUUCUUUGAUACCCGUGACUUUUUAUCUUCAAGUUCUUUCAAAAGCAGUGGGUCUGAAUUUCAAAGAUCGUCAUUUGAUUCAGAUGAACAGGAACUUUGUCCAAUUGAUGCUGAUGGCCAGGUUGAUGUUUCCAUGCUGUAUGUUGGUUUUAAUUAUCCACAUGUUAGAAGGCGUAAAAAGUUGCCAGAUCCUAUUGAAAAGGAGAAGGGUGUUAGCCUCUGGUCGAUGAUUAAAGACAAUAUAGGGAAGGAUCUUACAAAAGUUUGUCUUCCAGUUUACUUCAAUGAACCACUUUCUUCCCUACAGAAAUGUUUUGAAGAUUUGGAGUAUUCUUAUCUUAUUGAUCGAGCUUACGAGUGGGGUAAGAGGGGGAAUAGCUUGAUGAGGAUUCUGAAUAUAGCUGCAUUUGCAGUGUCUGGUUAUGCCUCCACAGAAGGGAGACACUGCAAGCCGUUUAAUCCACUUCUUGGAGAGACAUAUGAGGCUGAUUACCCUGAUAAGGGAAUCCGUUUCUUCUCAGAGAAGGUAAGCCAUCACCCAAUGAUUGUUGCUUGCCAUUGUGAAGGUCGAGGAUGGAAAUUUUGGGGGGAUAGUAACCUAAAGAGUAAAUUUUGGGGCCGUUCCAUUCAGCUUGAUCCUGUUGGUGUAUUAACUUUAGAGUUUGAUGAUGGAAUGGUUCUCCAAUGGAGCAAGGUCACGACAUCCAUUUAUAACCUUAUUUUGGGUAAACUAUACUGUGACCAUUAUGGCACCAUGAGGAUACAAGGAAACUGCGAAUAUUCAUGUAAGCUAAAAUUCAAGGAGCAGUCCAUCAUAGAUCGGAACCCACACCAGGUUCAUGGAAUUGUGCAAGAUAGAAGUGGGAAAACAGUCGCCACACUAUUUGGAAAAUGGGAUGAAAGCAUGCAUUAUGUGAGAGGAGAUUGCUCUGGUAAAAGCAAGGAGUCGCUGCCUGAAGCUCACUUGUUAUGGAAAAGGAACAAACCAGCAGAAUAUCCUACUAGAUAUAACCUCACUCGUUUUGCCAUUACGUUGAAUGAACUCACUCCUGGUUUGAAGGAAAAAUUGCCCCCGACAGAUUCAAGGCUAAGACCAGAUCAGAGGUGUCUGGAGAAUGGUGAAUAUGAGCUAGCAAAUGCAGAGAAGCUGAGAUUAGAGCAGCGGCAACGGCAGGCAAGGAAGAUGCAGGAGAGGGGCUGGAAGCCAAGAUGGUUCGCAAAGGACAAAGCCAGUGACACCUAUAGGUACAUUGGUGGGUAUUGGGAGACCAGGGAAAGCGGCCGGUGGGACUCCUGCCCGGACAUAUUUGGGCACGUCGCAGUCGAUCAGCAGCUGCUCGAGUGAAACCCCUCGUUGUGGUUCAGUCGGCCCAGCCUUCUUCCUGGACUUUGUGGGGGGAUUCCGCCUCUGCUCGCAAUUCCACGCUGCCACGUGAGCUUCAGCAUGGAAAGUUUCAAGCCUUUCUAUCAACAACAGGAAUCCGGCUGCUGUCACCUUCAGCUCUCCUCUCUCUCUCUCAUAUCCACUUCUUUUCAGUUGGGGAUGGACAUUUUAUGCCUUUUUCUUGCAAAAAGAAAUAGUUGGUGGUUCUGGUGCCUCCGCUAGCACGAGAAUAUGAUAAUUGUAUUCUUGUCAUUCUUGGGCAAAAAGAUGCCAGUAAAAGUUAAAAAGGAAAAUUGGUCACGUCUCUUUUUAAUGGGGGAGGGGGGACCCUCUCAGUCUGCCUGCUACUUCCGGUGUAUGACUAACUUUGUGCAUAAAUGAAUGAUUGAUAGAUGCCCA